AUGGCUUCCACCAAAGAGAGAGAGAACUACGUCUACACUGCUAAGCUCGCCGAACAAGCCGAGCGCUACGAUGAAAUGGUGGAGGCGAUGACCAAAGUAGCGAAGCUUGACGUGGAGCUCACUGUGGAGGAGCGAAAUCUGCUUUCGGUUGGGUACAAGAACGUGAUCGGAGCUCGUAGGGCUUCGUGGAGAAUACUGUCAUCGAUCGAGCAGAAGGAGGAGGGGAAAGGGAACGAUCAGAAUGUGAGCCGAAUCAAGGAAUAUAGGCACAAGGUCGAGUCUGAGCUCUCUAGCAUUUGCAGUGACAUCAUGAGGGUUAUCGAUGAGCAUCUCAUUCCUUCCUGCACAGCUUUUGAGUCCACUGUGUUUUUCUACAAAAUGAAGGGAGAUUAUUAUCGCUAUUUGGCAGAGUUUAAGACUGGUGAUGACAGGAAAGAGGUUGCUGAUCAGUCAAUGAAAGCUUAUCAGGCAGCUUCUAGUAAAGCAGAGACAGACUUACCUCCUACACAUCCCAUCAGACUGGGUUUGGCCUUGAACUUCUCUGUCUUUUAUUAUGAAAUCUUGAACUCUCCCGAAAGAGCCUGUCACCUGGCAAAGCAAGCUUUUGAUGAAGCUAUCUCAGAAUUGGAUACUUUGAGUGAGGAAUCAUACAAAGAUAGCACAUUGAUCAUGCAGCUCUUGAGGGACAACCUUACAUUGUGGACCUCUGACAUUCCAGAGGAUGGAGCUGAGGAAGCCCAGAAGGUGGAUGUCUCUGCUAAGCCUGGAGGUGAAGAUGCAGAGUGA